AUUUAUUUCAUAUAAAUGAGUGACUUCUUGAGAGAUUUUAUGAUAGGUGGUGUUUCUGCUGCUGUUUCAAAGACUGCUGUUGCUCCAAUUGAAAGAGUCAAAUUGUUACUCUAAACCUAAGAUGCUAAUAAGAAAAUCUAAGAAGGUGGUGCCAAGAAAUAUAAUGGAAUCGUUGAUUGCUUCAUCAGAGUCCCAAGAGAAGAGGUAUUCUUUAUAAUUAAUAAUUUAAGGGUUUAUCUGCCUUAUGGAGAGGUAAUUUAGCCAAUGUCAUCAGAUAUUUCCCAACAUAAGCAUUAAACUUCGCUUUCAAAGAUGCUUAUAAAAAGCUACUCUGUCCAUUUGGUAAUAAAUGUUUUAUAUUGUUAAGACCCAAAAAAAGAGAAAUUCAUGUUCUUUUUAGGAAAUAUGGCUUCAGGUGGUGCAGCUGGUGCAACAUCUUUAUUAGUCGUUUAUCCACUCGAUUUUGCAAGAACAAGAUUGGCUGCAGAUAUUGGUAAGAAGGCUGACAGACAAUUUACUGGUUUGACAGAUUGUUUAAGCAAGGUUUAUAAAACAGAUGGUUUUGGAGGAUUAUAUAGAGGAUUUGGUGUUUCAGUUUUGGGAAUUAUAGUAUACAGAGGUGUUUAUUUUGGUACAUAUGACACCGCAAAAGGAACAAUCUUUAAACAUCCUAUGAUGGGUAACAUUUUUGCAAAAUUUGUUGUUGCUUAAUUCAUUACUGGUACAGCUGGUGUUAUCUCUUAUCCAUUAGAUACAAUUAGAAGAAGAAUGAUGAUGUAAUCUGGUAUUUAUUUAUUUUUUAUUUUAUUUUCUAGGUAGAGCUGAUGUUCUUUAUAAAAAUACAUUUGAUUGUGCAGUUAAAAUUCUUAAAAAUGAAGGAACUAAAGCAUUUUUCAAAGGAGCCCUAUCAAAUUUCUUCAGAGGAAUCGGUGCAUCACUUGUCUUAGUCCUUUAUGAUGAAAUCUAAUAAUUUAUUGCUCCAGGUUCUAAAUCUGCAGGAGGUGAAUGAUAUCAAUUAUUAUUUUACAUUCAAAAUCAAAUAACAAUAUAAUCUACGUAC